AUGAUACGGAUAAGUAGAGUAAAACUCCGACAUCAGUUAAGGUUCAGCUCACUUAGAUGGGGAAUUGUACCGAAUAGUCAUCACUUUAUUCAGUCCGAACCACUACAAGGUUCAAUAUUAAGACACUUCAAUUCAAAUUCAAAAUUACAUAUUCAUCAAAUAAUAGAGAACAUUGUUGAGGAAAUAAAAGAAGAUGAUAAUAAUGAUGAAGAAAAUAAUAAAAAAGAUCAGAAAAACUCCAAGAAAGAUGAAAAAAGCUCAAAAUUUGAAAGAUUUAAAUCAUUUUUAAUGAAAUGUGUUGAAACAAUGGGUAUAACAAUAUCUUCCAUAGGUAUAUUAGCAUUAGCAGGUUAUUUAUAUCACAUAUUUUAUAAUGAACAUGUAUUAAGACAAAUGAAUGAAGCAUUUGAAAAAAAAGAUCCAGAUUCAGAAGUUAUAAUGUAUUCAAAAUUACAAAAUCAUAAUUCAGAUUUAGAAAUUUUUAAAGAACAUUGGGUUAAAAGACCUCAACAACAGUUACUUGAUGACAUUAUUGCUGGAAAAAUUAUUGGUAGAUAUUUUUUAAUUAUUGGUGAGAAGGGAACUGGUAAACUGAGUUUAUUAACUGAAGCUAUUAAAAAAGUUGAGGGAUUCAAUGUUGUUAUAUUGGAUGCUUCAAGAGAUGAAGAAAGUUUUAGGUUUAGACUUGGUAAAGCUUUAAAUUAUUCAUUUAAUGAAAUGUAUCUUGGUAGUUUAUUUUCAAUAAGAGGUCCAAGAGAUACAACGGCAUUAUUAGAUAUUGAAAGAGCUUUUAGUAAAUUAGAAGAACUAGCUAUCAGAAGAGUUGGAGAAUAUAAACGUCCAUUGAUUAUGAUUAUAAACAAUGCCCAUUUAAUUAAAGAAAAUGAAGAAGGAGCAAAAUUAUUGGAGUUACUACAACAAAAAUCUGAACUGCUAAGUGGGUCAGGAUUAUUAACAGUUGUUUUCAACUCUGAUGACUAUUGGGUUUAUGAAAAAUUAAAACAAUUAGGUACAAGAUUGGAAUUAAUAAAUGUGAGAGAUUUUUCUAGAAUUGAAACUUUAAGUGCAUUAAAAUUUAUAAGACAUAGAUUUUUCCCAAAGGAUGAAAUAUUAACAACUGAUGUAUGUAAUGCAGUUUAUGAUCUAAUUGGUGGUAGACCACAACAUAUAACACAAGUUGCAAGACAUAAAGAUAUAAUAAAAGCAUGCCAUGAAAUAAUUGAUCGAGAAAAGACUUGGUUUUUAAACCAAUGUGGUUUAUUAGGAAUGGAUAUGGAUGAUGAUGUUAUGGAGAGUGGUAAAUUUUCAACUAGUGCAAUGUUAUUGAUGAGAGAAUUUGUUGAAAUGGAUAGACAAAGAAUGAAUAUGAUUAUCACAAAUCAGAAAUCUCCUUAUGUUGAUCAUCAUUUACCUGAAUUACCUUUAUGGAGAGCAAGACAAAUACAAACUAGAAAUGAUUAUAUUCAAAGAUAUGAUAAUUUAAAUAUUUUCACAAUAGAUUCUGAAUCAAGAGUAAGAGCAGAUAGUGUACCAAUGAUGAGAGCAUUUCAUGAAAUUGCAUCACAGCCACAUUUUGAUCAAUUAUUGGAAGAUACAAUAGAUAGAGUUGGUGAUAUUGAAUCAUUGGGUAGAACAAGAGAAAUUGUUUUGAAAGACUUGAAUUUGGGAAGUAAGUAUAAAAUUUAUAAAAACAAUAAUGAAAUUGAAAUGACAAUGACAAAAUCUCCAAAGCAAUUAGAUUUACAUGGAGAUUUUAAAGUAUAUAAUGAAGAAUCAUUGCAAAAUGAUCAGCAAGAAGAUGAUGAUGAAGAUGAUGAUGAUUUAUAUCUAGAAGAGAUUAAUAGAAAAGAUAGUAGAAAAUGGUGGAAAAAAAGAAUGGAAAAAUUUGAUGAAUUAUAUUUACCAAAACCAUCAAAAGGCGUUGAUGAUGGUAAUGAUACCGUUCUGGAUAUAAAUAGAGUUGAUGAAAAGUAA